UAUUUAAAUGGUGUCUCUCUAUCUAUACAUGUGCACUGCACAUGUGUCUCAUGUUAAUGUUUAUAGAUCCAUUAGAACUAUUAAAAUUCUAUUAAUAUAUGCAUGUAAUGAGUAAUAAAAUGAAACAAUUACCAAUAAAUCUUUAAAAGUGUGACAAGAAACACCAAAUGAGAUAAGCUAACUAGUUCAUUUCACUUUUAUUUUUUCUUUCUUGAUGUGUUGACAGGUGAAAUACCCAAAGAGAUAAGCAAUCUCGUUGAGUUGGAUGAACUUGAUCUUUCGGUUAAUAGUUUUAGUGGUUCACUUGAUAUGGAGAUUUUCAACAUAUCAGGGCUGAGAAUAAUUGAUCUUUCAUUCAACAAUCUAUCAGGAAGCCUCCCACCAAACAUAGAUUCUAUCUUACCCAACAUUGAAAGACUUUUUCUGGGAGGCUUAACAAAUCUUGUUGGGACUAUUCCUCAUUCCAUCUCCAAUUGUUCCAAACUUACUAUUCUAGGUCUUUCAGGCAAUAAACUCAGUGGUUUGAUUCCCAAUUCCCUUGGAUAUUUGACUCAUUUACAGUACCUAGACUUGGAGAGAAACAAUUUAACAAGUGAUUCAUCAUUAAGCUUCCUGACUUCCUUAACCAAUUGCAGAAAUUUAACAUUUCUUGAUGUAUACAUGAACCCUCUAAACGGCAUUCUUCCAGUCUCUGUAGGGAACCUUUCCACAUCUCUUAGAAAAUUUUUUGCCGACAGUUGCACGAUCAAAGGGCGAAUUCCAAAUGAUUUUGGGAACUUAAGCAGCUUAUUAUUCCUUGAUAUUUCUGAAAAUAACUUGGUUGGAUCAAUUCCCACAUCAAUUGGCAACUUGGAAAACCUUCAGCUCUUUGACUUGAGUAACAACAAAUUUACAGGAUAUAUAGGAGAUUUUCUUUGUAAAUUGCAGAGUUUGGGUGCUAUUUACUUCAGUCAAAAUCAACUUUCAGGAUCUCUGAAUUGUUUGGGGAAUGUUACUUCCCUUAGAGAGAUACAUUUUGAUUCCAAUACAUUGAUUUCCAAUAUACCAUCAAGCUUAUGGAAUCUUAAGGAUCUAUUGGUUCUUGACUUAUCGUCAAACAACAUGGCUGGUUCAUUACCUCCAGAAAUUGGAAAUCUAAAGGCUGCAACACUGAUAGAUAUGUCAAUGAAUCAAUUCUCAAAUGGAAUUCCUAGAGAAAUUGGCGGAUUGCAAAAUUUGGCACACCUUUCUUUGAGACACAACAAGUUGCAAGGAUCUAUACCGGACUCAGUGAGCAACAUGGUAGGUUUGGAAUUCCUAGACCUUUCUCAUAAUAACAUAUUUGGAACCAUUCCCAAGUCUUUGGAGAAACUUCAAAACCUGAAAUAUUUCAAUGUUUCUAUCAACAAAUUGUAUGGUGAAAUACCCUCAGGGGGUCCUUUCAAGAACCUCUCGAGUCAAUUUUUCACUGACAAUGAAGCAUUGUGUGGUUCUUCAAGAUUUAGUGUCCCAUCAUGCCCAACUUCAUCUAAACACAAACCAAAUAGGAAAAAAUUGCUAGUUCUAUAUCUUUUUCUAGGACUUGCAAUUUUAUUUGUCCCUAUCAUAUUUGUGUUUGUAUGGAUAAGGUAUAGAAGAGGUAAAAGAGCUCCUCAACAAGCUGAUGAUUCAUUGUAUACAAAGAAACGAGAAAGAAUUCAUUACUAUGAACUGCUCCAAGCAACAGAUGAUCUUAGUGAGAUUAAUCUGAUUGGUUCUGGAAGUUUUGGCUCUGUUUACAAAGGUAUUCUCAAAAGUGGAACUGUCGUUGCAGUAAAAGUGUUCAAUCUGCAACUGGAUGCGGCAUUCAAGAGUUUUGAUACGGAAUGUGAAGUUUUGCGUAGCCUUCGCCAUAGGAAUCUCAUAAAAGUCAUUACUAGUUGUUCCAACCUUGAUUUCAAGGCUUUAGUUCUAGAGUAUAUGUCUAAUGGGAGUCUUGAGAAGUAUUUGUAUUCGCACAACUACUUCUUAGACAUCAGGCAGAGGCUAAGCAUAAUGAUAGAUGUGGCAUGUGCUUUGGAAUAUCUUCACCAUGGGUGCUCGUCGCCUGUGAUCCACUGUGAUCUGAAACCUAGUAACGUCUUGCUGGAUGAGAAUAUGGUUGCCCACCUCAGCGACUUUGGCAUUUCAAAACUGCUUGGUGAAGAUCAGGGUGAUUUGUACACUAAAACCUUAGCAACAUUCGGGUAUAUUGCACCGGAGUAUGGACUGGAAAGAUUAGUGUCAACAAAGAGUGAUGUCUAUAGUUAUGGAGUCAUGUUGCUGGAAACGUUUACUAGGAGAAAGCCUAAUGAGUUUGAAGGAGAUCUUAGCUUGACUCAAUGGGUGAGUUAUUCACUUCCGGAUGCUGUAAUGGACGUCAUAGAUGCCAAUUUGGUAACACCAAUGGGUAAAUGCUUACAGAAGGAGCUAGAUGUUGUGGCUUCAAUCAUGCAAGUAGCAUUAGAUUGUUGUGCUGAAUCUCCUCAAACAAGCGAUUUCAAACAACGAGAGGCUCCAAGAAGAUGCUUAGCAUGCAGGAAGUUGAACCUUGAUCUUUUGUAG